UAAAGUGUAGUGAGCGGUGGCGAGAUGCUGCGAGUGUAGAGUGUUUGUACACAGAGCGGGCGCGCACACAUACGCACGCACACACAUACACACACACAUACACACACACACACACACAUAGCCAGCGGCAGCCAUGGCUUCGGGACCCUGCCUCUGGUUCUUACUGUGGAAUAUCUUCUGCGGAUCGCACUGCAUCUACUUGCCACCAAACGAAGUCAAUCUGCUGGAUACGGCAUCAAUACAGGGAGAUUGGGGGUGGCUGGUGCAUCCUCACAAUGGGUGGGAUGCCAUCAGUGAGAUGGACGAGUUCUUCACUCCGAUCCACACCUACCAAGUCUGCAACGUCAUGUCCCCAAACCAAAACAACUGGCUGAGGACUAAUUGGCUCCAGCGGAACGGGGCACAUCGAAUGUACAUCGAAGUUAAGUUCACCCUCCGAGACUGCAACAGCAUGCCGGGCGUGGUGGGGACUUGCAAAGAGACCUUCAACCUGUAUUACUUUGAGUCAGACAGAGAUAUUGGCCCCAAUGUCUUGGAGAACCAGUUUGUCAAGAUCGACACAGUGGCGGCUGAUGAAAGCUUCACCAGUGUCGACCUGGGAGUGCGGAAGCUGAAGUUAAACACUGAGGUCCGCGGGGUGGGCCCACUCAACAAAAAGGGAAUCUACCUGGCCUUCCAAGACAUCGGAGCUUGCAUCGCCAUAGUGUCAGUGAGGGUCUACUAUAAGAAAUGCCCGGCCAUGAUUCGGAACUUGGCCGUCUUUCCGGAUGCAGUGACUGGCGCGGACUCCUCGUCCCUGGUUGAAGUUCAAGGUCAGUGUGUGGACCACAGUGAAGAGAGAGAUACACCCAAGAUGUAUUGCAGCGCAGAGGGAGAGUGGCUCGUUCCCAUCGGGAAAUGCGUCUGCAGUGCCGGCUACGAGGAGCAAAGAGACAGUUGCCAAGCUUGCGAGCCUGGAUUCUUCAAGCCAAUCUCGGGCGACCAGCUCUGCGCAAGGUGUCCUCUUCACAGCCACUCGGAUGUGAUGGGUGCUCUCUUCUUCUGCCAGUGUGAUCUCAACUAUUACCGAUCAUCUUCCGACCUUCCCUCAGCACCUUGUACCAGACCACCUUCUGCUCCAGUGAGUGCUCUGUCUAGUGUGAACGGGACCUCGGUAUAUUUGGAGUGGAUCCGACCCGCCAACAGCGGAGGAAGGUUUGACAUCCGAUACAACGUCCUCUGCAGGAAGUGCGCAUGGAAGUCGAGUCAGUGCGAAGCGUGUGGAAAUCGGAUACGGUUCAGCCCGAAGCAGAUGGGGUUGACGGAGCCCGCCAUCAAUAUAGUCAACCUCUUGGCCCACACCAACUAUACACUGCAGGUCGAGGCAGUGAAUGGCGUCUCUGAUCUCAGCUUCGAGCCACGGCAGUUCAUUUCGCUUAAUGUCACCACUAACCAGGCAGCCCCAUCACAGAUCUUGGUUGUCAAGCAGGAAAACGCCAGUCAGAACAGCGUGACCUUGAUGUGGCACGAACCUGAUCACCCCAAUGGCAUUAUACUGGAGUAUGAGAUCAAGUACUUUGAGAAGGGUAAGGAACAGCAGAGUUACUCCACACUGAAAGCCAGGGGGACAAGUGUGACUGUCUCCAACCUGAAACCUGGAACCCGUUAUGUAUUUCAGGUGCGAGCGCGAACAUCAGCUGGGUGCGGCCGUUUCAGUCAGACUGUAGAGAUUGAAACUGGGAAAAUAGUCUCCCUUCGAUAUGACACCACCACAAUAAUCUGGAUCUGCUUUGCUUUGGUGAUGGGGCUUAUCGUUCUCCUUGCAAUGUUUAUCUGCAAGAAAAGAAGGUGUGGGUACAGUAAAGCAUUCCAGGAUCCCGAUGAGGAAAAGAUGUAUUACCAAAAUGGACACCUCAGAUUCCCAGACCCAAAGAUAUAUGUUGACCCUCACACCUACGAAGACCCAGGACAAGCCGUUCGAGAAUUUGCCCGAGAAAUAGAGGCAUCACGAAUAAAGAUCGAGAAAGUGAUUGGCUCGGGUGAAUUUGGUGAAGUAUGUUACGGUCGUCUGAAGUUGCCGGCCAAACGAGAGAUCCCCGUGGCUUUGAAAACUCUCAAAGUAGGAUACUCCGAGAAGCAGAGGCGCGACUUCCUGAGUGAGGCCAGCAUCAUGGGGCAAUUUGACCAUCCCAACAUCAUCCGUCUGGAGGGAGUUGUUACACGAAACAAACCAGUGAUGAUUGUUACAGACUACAUGGAAAAUGGGUCCUUGGAUUCAUUUUUGAGGAGACACGACGGACAGUUCACUGUGAUCCAGCUGGUCGGGAUGCUGCGCGGCAUUGCUGCGGGAAUGAAGUAUCUCUCGGACUUGGGAUACAUCCACCGGGAUCUCGCGGCUCGAAACAUCUUGGUGAACAGCAACCUGGUGUGCAAAGUGUCGGACUUUGGCCUGUCCCGGAUUUUGGAAGAUGACCCCGACGCAGCUUACACCACCACUGGCGGAAAGAUUCCGAUCCGCUGGACAGCGCCCGAGGCCAUUACGUAUCGCAAGUUCUCCUCAGCCAGCGACGUCUGGAGCUACGGGGUUGUCAUGUGGGAGGUCACAUCAUACGGAGAGAGGCCCUACUGGAACAUGACCAACCGAGAUGUCAUUAAGUCGGUGGAAGAGGGUUAUCGUCUUCCAGCCCCCAUGGGCUGCCCGGCAGCUCUUCACCAGUUAAUGCUGGACUGUUGGCAGAAGGAUCGCAACGAGAGACCCAAGUUCCACCAAAUCGUCAGCGUGUUGGAUAAGCUCAUUCGAAACCCGACCAACCUUAGGAUUUUCGAUACCACGAGCAGAAUGACCAGCCCGCUUUUGAACAGAAAUAUCCCCAACUUUGCGUCCUUUGCCUCGGUGGAUGAAUGGCUGGAUGUCAUUAAAAUGGGCCGUUACAAAGACAAUUUUGCAGUCGCGGGGUAUUUGUCACUGGGUCUGGUGAUGAGAAUGAACACGGAGGAUGUCCGAAGACUUGGAAUAACAUUAAUGGGACAUCAGAAGAAGAUUCUCAGCAGCAUCCAGAUCAUGAGGACACAACUGAUGUGUGCAAAUGGACCUGGUAUACACGUAUAGCCACAAAUAUGUCAUUACAGAAUGUACAGUAACUCAAGACUAAUGGCACAAUGGAAAUCAAAAUGGCUGCACAUCAAACUGUUGCAAUCUUGCCUUUAAUACAAAAGAUAAAGGAUUUACAAAAGCAAAAGAUGGGUCCUGCCUCCCUCCUGACAGAACAUCUUGGAAAUCCUACCAUCAUUACCAAUCAUGUUAUAAAGAUCUUCCUUCACGUAGGUGGGUUUCUCUAGAGCCAAACCAUGCCUGGAUGAGUUCAUGGCCUGUCUCUUCUUUGCUGCAUGAAACUGAGCCAGAGAUAACCAGGCAUGGGCGAGCGUGGACGUAGAACUGGACAAAGUAAGUACUUUGUUGGAACAUCGGUAAGGAAGAGACGAUCUUGCAUUGAGAAAGUGGUCUACAGCGAAUGCCCGAUUAACACUGCCAGCCACUGUGGAAGUGCCACAGGGUGGCUCUGUCACUUCCCAUGGAUCGAACUCAAUUUCAAGGAUGGUGCCCACCUUUUUUGUAAAGUUCUGCAGCAAAGCUCCAUUUUAACGUGCAACAUUGCCAAGGAUGUUAGGACAUGAGGAGUUGGGCCAAAGGUUUAAAAAUGGUCAACUUACAAAAAAAAAAAAAAGAUUUUCUUGUUUAUUAUCCACUGAAUGAAAGUUUGAACUGUGCAGAUCAUUUACUGUUUGUUCUUUUGCCUGGUGUUGCAGUUUUAAGGUUUGCGAUUCUGGCAGGAAACAGUUUGACCUGCUCAGAAAUCAGGAUCAGGAUCUGAGGAAGUAUAUCAGGCCUGUCCAUCUUAUCAGUAAAUCAUAUGUAUUACAUUGUAUCCGUCUAUAAAUUGCAGCCUCACCUCCAAAUAAAAUAACUACACUCUUCUAGACUCCAGAAGACACAAGGUUAGGCUUAAUGGUGUAAAAGUCUACUCUGUGCUUGACAGGUUUCAGCUCCUCUGAAUCAGUGCUCCAGAAUCAAAUUCCACAGAGUUUAUCCUAAAUGAUCUCUGGGCCUUGCGAGGAACCGUGCUCGUUACACCGCGUAUUUGCCCAGUCAUCUGCAGAGGUGCUGAGACUGAAUGGAAUUAUCAGGAGCGUUACAGAGUUUGAUAGUUUCAGACCUUUUCCACUGUAAAGGGGUUGUCGUUACUUCAGCGAGUUUAAUUCCGGCCUUUCAAACUGAUUGACAAAAUAAGCUCACGGACCACCCAGUUCAUCACUGAUGUCCAAGUACUUUCAGUAAGUAGCCAAUGUGUCAAAGGUAGACAAGGAUGCUGGAGAAACUCAGCGGGUGAGGCAGCAACUAUGGAGUUGAAGGAAUAAGUGACGUUUCAGGUCAAAACCCUUCUUUAGCCAAUGUGUCAAAGUAAUUCUGAGAAGUAUGUAAUUCUAACCUCAAACCUUCUCUGAAAUUUGACAUAUAGAAUACAAUAUUGGAAGCUGAGCAGUGGAUUUUGAGUUUCAAAAGAAACUUUAAGGUUUUGUAAUGUUAAACCUGCAAGCAAGGAGUAAUACCGAGAGGAAGAGGCAUAUUUAUUGGGUAUAUUGACUCAAAUGUUCGACGGAGACAUGUCUUUAUCUAAAUUUUAUUCUUCAUAUGAUGGAGUUAAUUUAGGUUUGCUGAACAGAAAGGAUAUUAGAUUUGUAAUUUAUAUGAUCCUGGCUUGUAAAAUGCUAUAUGAAUUUGAAAGAAAGGCAUGGCCCAGUGGUAUAAUUCCCCUCUUCCAAGGCCUAUGCUGGAACGUGAUGCUUUGAGAGAUUCCUAGAGCAAUGGAAAAAGGUCUUAUAUGAAUUACAAUAUUCACUUCAAGCUCAUUACACAUACCUCACAACGACAUGGACCUUUCAAUAGUUGCUAUUGUAAAGUAGAAUUUGCGAAAUGUAAAAGAAAACUUCUGACCAGCAGGCAGAGAGGGGCAUUGUUACCAUUGCACACAUGUAUUUCUUCAGGUUGUGUUAUACCCUGCAGUUAUUUAACAGUUAUUUCUCUACAAUGCAUCUAACCACAAGAGUGAAUAAAUUUGUAAAAUAUGGACUUUUAAGUAGAAUACUAUAAUCUAAUGAGUACAUUUUAUGAACUGUUUGAAACUUGAUAACAACACUUGGUAAAUGUGUUGCUUCUCCAUUAAUAUCUUGACCUGACAACGUGCUGCGAGGUUAAGGUUGUUAGUCGGCAUACAGGCUGCGCUGUGUUUAUACUUCCAUGCCUCGCUGCCCAUUUUCAUCAAUCUCUUCAUUUCAUAGUGCCCUGAGAGAAAAUUGAAAAAUGAUAAAGUUUCUGAUUAUCCCAGAUCUCAUUUUCUCCGAGAACUAUAUUUUCAUAGACAGAACCUCGGUCAAACAAGGAACUGACUCAGUUUAAGGAGACAUCUUCCAAGUGUCAACCUCCAGUGUUCCAUGAUCAGUGGGAUCCCGAUGGGCAAUUUAUGCUCAGUCACUCUCAGUUCUGAAGACUUGGAUUGAUAUGCCAGUCUCUGUGAGUCAUUCAACGUUCUGUGGAGUUUUGCUGUGGAGUUCAUGGUCUGUACUGGAGAUUUCUAACCAACUUCUAAAGACCUCUCUGGAAUCGCAGUGGUCGCUGCUGACUGCCCAGGUUCUAGCCCCUGACCCACUUAGGACACCUGAAUGGAAAUCUCUGGAGACUUUGCGCCCCACCCAAGGUUUCAGGUGGUUGCCGGAGGUUGCAGGUAGUGGAAGCAGGUAGGGAGACUGACAAAAACCUCCGAGAACCGCACGGAAAUCUUGGGUGGGGCGCAAAGUCUCCAGAGGUUUCCGUUCAGGUUUCCUAAGUGGGACAGGGGCAUAAGGGUGUUUUGCUGGAGUUCCAAACUAAGAAAGGGUCUUAGAUGUAAUUAAUGUUAGUGAUAUUAUUCUCUCUGUUUUCUAUAGAUAUUUGAAACCACAAAUGCUCCUUUUGGAGAUUGUAGAGAUUGCUUCAAUUGAUAUCAAUAUAUUAUGUGACAAUAUAAGGCAAUAAUUAGUAUAAAUAAAAUGCUGAUCGCCAGUGGGUCCAUAUGAACAGUGACGUUAGCUUGGGAUGCUGCAAGCCCCAUACUUUAUACAUUUUCUCCAUCCCCAUUUCCAGCAGAAUAUAAUCAGAAAAUGCUGAAAUUAUUCAGCAGGUCAGGCAGCAACUGUGGAUAAUAAACUUCCCGGAUUCAGAACCUUCUUUCGGAUCUGGAAAGGGAGAAAAUUAAUGAAUGUUCAGUUGUCGAGAAAGUUAGGGACAGAUGGAUUGGUCACAAGGAAUAUCAUUGACAGAAUGAGACCUAAUGAGUUAAUGCGGCAGUUAAGUGGCAGAUUAGGCGUCUUUGCCUGCGUAUUGUUGCUAAUGAUAAAACCGUGGGACAUGGCCAGACAAAUCAAAAUGGGAAGAAAGAAUAAAUCCAAUUUUGGGUAACUUGCUCCUUCUCUUUCUAGAACUAGCCAUCUCUGCGUGUCAGUGCUUAUCUCUGCUUUUUCUCUCUCUAAUAGUAUAGUGUUGCCUGCAGAGCAUGUCACUCAGUCUUACCAUUGGCAACACAUUGCAAAAUGAGGCUUGAUAUGAUCAUAACCUCCAAUUCAGUCAUGUGGUCUCACCCGAUCAAAAACACUGUGUUUGUUCUACCUACAGUAUCUCUCCCCGAACAUCUCAGCCACUGAAAACUCAUUUGUUUUCUCUCUUCACUGUUUCUGCAGAAGGAUCGCAAACCCAAACUGUUAUCAGUUUCUCUUACCGCAGAUGCCAUCUGACCCACUGAGUGUUUCCAGCAUUUUCUAUUUUUAUUUUCAUUUUGGAUUUGCAGCAUCAGCAGUUUUGUUGUGAUCCACAUCUCUCACUGUCCAUGAUGUGUACUCACCUCCAGGUCCCCUUGGUAUUGCACCUAAAUCAAAUAGGGGGGGGGGGGGAUAAUGAGCAUUGCUAUCCUGCCCUGAGUUAUUACAGCAUAAUAAUGGGCUAAGAAUUCAGAAAUUCACCUCAGCUAAGGCAGGUCAUUAAAAGUGACAGGAGGUUACACACCAUAUGAUAGAGUGGCUAGUGCUUGAAUAGUGGCAGUGGAGAGGAUGUUUCCACUAGUGGAAGAGUCUUGGACUAGAGUUUGUUGCCUCAGAAUUAAAGGACGUUCUUUUAGGAAGGAGAUGAGGAGGAAUUUCUUUAGUCAGAGGAUGGUGAAUCUGUGGAAUUCUUUGCCACAGAAAGGCUGUGGAGGCCAAGUCAGUGGGUAUAUUUAGGGCAGAGAUAGAUAGAUUCUUCAUUAGUACGGGAUACAGGGGUUACGGAGAGAAGGCAGGAGAAUAGGGUUUGGAGGGAGAGAUAGAUCAGCUUUGAUUGAAUGGUGUAGACUUGAUGGGCCGAAUGGCCUCAUUCUGCUAUCACAUGAUCUUACAAUACUAGCAGGCUAACUUAUUUUGCACAUUUGCCUCAUACUUCUCUCUCUUCCACUUUGGCUGAAUAAAUAAUCCAAUAUGGAGUGCAAUUUAAUUGGCAUAGCCCUUCCUCUGAAUCAGCGGGGGAGAGUCGUUUCUGAGAAGUCUGUUAAGUAUUUAUUUGCCAGUGGUUGUGGUUUCAAACCCCUUGGUUGUGGGAUGCUAAACGGUUAAACGACUUCUGUUUUUAUCAAAUUAUACGUUUAUUGACGCGGAGGAGUGCUAUUAAUAUUCUGCUUAUUAAGAUUCACAGCAGCAAUGGAUAGACUAUCAUGCUGAACAGCUUCAAAUAACAUAUGCUUUAAAAAGUUGGAUCCAACAGGGAUCUAAUUGAGUUUUGAUGUUGAAUAAACUUGACAGCUAGGGUCACCCCACAGCUCAAGUUCAUGAAAAUCUCAGUAUUUUCUACAAACUCUGAAGUUAAACAUUUCUUAUUGGAUUUGUGGUUUCCAUGAAUAUGUUACACUGCGUCCUGCAUUGUAUGAAAACGCCAAACUGAGUGUGUGUGUGACAUGUUACUCAUCCAAAUUGAAUUUUAUUCAAUUAAUGCAAGACAUACAAAUGGCUGCUGACCCAGACUGAAUGGCCACUUCAUAACACUGUGGAAACAAAGUGUCACAUAGCAUUCAACACUAAACCUGAGCAUAACCAUCAACAUCCAAUGUUAAUAUUGGGCAUGCUGAUGACAGCUCUUGGCUCAGAAUUUGAUUUUUUUUAAAAACAAUUUCAUUGAAAUUGGUCAUUGAAUGGCGUGGGACCAUCAGGCUGAUCCACAGUGACCAGAGAAUGGGGGGGGAAAUCCUUUGUUAACUUACUUAUUUCAAUUGAAAUAGGAAGCACUGGAUACACUCAGCAGGCCAGACAAACUCUGCAGAGAGAGAGAGGGAGUUAAUGGGUUCAGACGAUGACUAUUCAAAGUCUUCCAUUCUUUAAGAAAGAACUGCAGAUGCUGGAGAAAUUGAAGGUGGACAAAAAUGCUGGAGAAACUCAGAGGGUGAGGCAGCAUCUAGGGAGCGAAGGAAUAGGUAACGUUUCGGGUCGAGUCCCUUCUUCAGACCUUCUUCAGUCUGAAGAAAGGUCUUCCAUUGAAUUGACUACCAUAUUUGAAUCCUUUAACAAUCAUGGAGCACAUUAAUUCCACAAAUGGUGUUAGGAUACCCAUUCCAAAUAAUAAUAUAAAACGGUGGAAAUGUUGGAUUGUUGCAAGGGAGCAGAUUGUUACAUGGAGUAAAAUUUGAGUUUAAGUAUUUUGUUUUUUUCUUUUUCUUCUCUCCUAGCUUUUUAUUUCCAUUGUAGUUGGUUGGGACAGGGAUUUUAAAAAAAAGCCGUGAUUUGGUGUCACAUAUUAUUCAAUAUCUCACAAAAUCCAGACAGCCCAGGUAGAGAAGUUAAUUCUGGUCACACAUACUGUGUACCUCAUAUUUCGCUCGGGCAACUUACAACCCAGCGGUAUGAAUAUUGAUUUCUCUAAUUUCAAGUAGUGUUAUGGCCCAAAUAUGCUCAAACAGACAGAAACGCAAAUAAAAUCAAUGAUCAGUGAUACCUUUAUUUCGCUGGGGGUGUGUGGUAAAACUCUUAACAGUAUGCAGAUUACAGACUAUACAGAGUUCUCAUCCCCACACAAAGGGGCAGUGAUCUAAUGACAUCUAUAUACUCCAAUAACCAACGAUUCAGCAAUACCUUAUCUGCAGAUCAUAGCACAGCCUCUUGCUUCUUAAGAUUGACAGAUCCUUAAGAUUGACAGCAUAAGAAGAUUGACAGGUUCUUCUGACAGAGGAAGGGUUAGCCAUAUAUGGUUAUAUGAGAAGGUUAUAUUUCUGCAGAAGCAUUUUGUUUUUUUCUACAUAUGACGCACAAUAUAAUCUUAUAGUCUGAAUUCUCUCUCAAUGUUUACAUUGUAGAGGAGACAUUCGUGAAGCUGAGCUUAUUAUCUCGCUUAUGUUAUUGGAAAGGGAACAUCAACAGUGGGCUAGCUUUGUUAGUGUACUGAAAGCAAAGCUUAGUGCAUUUUUGAACGCUUUGCAAUUUAAUAGAAGACGGUGAAAGCCUAUCUUAGUUUCUUCGGAAUCCAUUUUGUAUUUUUAAAUCAUUAUUAACUUCCAUAGUAGCCCUUGCAUUAUCUCUCUCUCCGACCCUCCCCCACCCUGGUCAUCUUGCUAAUUUUGCUGUGUGUAUCCCUUCAUUAACACCUCUUCCACAGUGGCAUCAGUGCCGGCUGUGAUUUGUCCUGUACCUUUCACACCUCUAGUUUCCCUCUCUUCUGACUCUCAGCCUGAAGAAGGGUCUCGACCUAAAACGUCACCUACUCUUUUCCCCAGAGAUGCUCGACCCGCUGAGUUACUCCAGCAUUUUGUGUCUGUCUUACCGUAAAUCAAUGUCAGCCUGUCAACCAUGUUACAUUCUCCACUGCCAACAUGCCACCAUUUUCAACCCAACACCCACUCUCCUGAAGGCUGGUGAAUUGAUCAAAACUUUGUGUUCCAUUGGUUCAGGGUGGCAUUUUUUACUUCACCAGUCUCCUCAUUUCAUUUCCCGACCCUCCUGACUGGAUUAUUGCGUUGUGAUAGUUAUACUACUUUUAAUUGCUAUGCGAGCAGAAUCUGUUUCUCAUUCAAAAACCAGAUUUGCAUGUGUAAAGGCAAUUAGCAGCAAUGUGUAGUAUACACAGUCUCAUGGGUAAUAAGGUUUUACAGCAAUUAUAACUCUAUGAUAAAAAAGAUAGUGGGAGUGAAAAUGUCACCCAAUGUAUAGCCUGCAUGACUUAAUUAAUACCUAUUUCGUACAUUUUAUUAGACAUUGUGUAUUAACUGAAGACAGUUUGGUCACUGAGCAGUGAAGCCCUUGCAGUUAAUAAAUUAUAAAAUGAAUACAGACAGAGGGAUAACAUCUGUUUGAUGAUUCUCUCCACAGAAGUAACUGAAGCACCUAAUCUUUUCUUUAGUUUUAGUUUGUAGUUUUGUUUAGAGAUUCAGUCCGGCCCACUCAGUCCGCGCCAACCAGCGAUCCCCACACACUACGUAUGUCUUUGGAGUGUGGGGGGGGAAACCAGAGAUCCCGGAGAAAACCCACGCAGGUCACGGUGAGAACAUGCAAAUUCCAUACAGACGGCACCCAUAGGCAGGAUCGAACCUGGGUCCUCCGCACUGUAAGGCAGCAACUCUACCACCGUGCCACCCAGACAUCACAAAGACAUGGACAGUUUUUGUAUAAAUGCAUGCUCUUCACUUUUUCUUACAUAAAGCUCAACAAGCUCUUAGUCUUAUUAAGUGAAGCUAAUUAUAUUCUAUACUGGAGGGGUUACAAUUGACCGAUUAUGUUAAUUAUAAUUUGCUUUGGAAUUUUUGCUAUGCAUAGAAUAGCAAGGACUGAGCAAUAAGUAAUGCAAUAAAACAGACCUUUGUGAAUAAUGGAUACAAUGAGGAUUCAGAGGGUUUAUUUGGUUGACCUUUCUCCAAGUCCUCUUGAAAGAUUUGGUGCUAUUGCACUGUGCUUCCUUCUGCUGGCAUCAUGCAUUGAGAUGCGGUGGCUUAAGUACCAAGGAGAAGAAGGAUACUGAAAUGUCAUUAGCUUUUCCGAUGAGAGGGAGCUUGUCCAGACACAACUCCUUUUUAUGGCACACAUAUUUUUUAAGUGGAUCUUUUAAAAUCCCCUUUAAGGGGGGAAAUGAGAGAGGCUCAACUCUCGUCAUAGAGUGAUACAGCGUGGAAACAGGCCUAACUUGCCCACACCAGCCAUCAUAUCCCAGCUACACUAACCCCACCUGCCUGCAUUUGGUCUAUUUCUCUCCGAACCUGUCCUAUCCAUUACCUACCUAUAACUGUUUGUUAAACAUUGGUAUCAUCCCAGCCUCAACUACUCCCUCUGGCAGCUUGUUCCAUACACCCACCACACUUUGUGUGUAAGCAGGGACAAUGUUUGAAGCGUUAAUCAAUUUUUUGCCAAGGCUGAUUGAUAGCUACGAGGAUGAAAUGUUCUCUCUUGAAAUGGAAUGGUAUGUGGUGCUAAUGAGGCAUUGUCUGUCCGUAACAAAAUUCGAUGUGGGCUAAGGAUUACAGCAGGUAUUUAGUGACCUUUAUAGACUUUAUAGACAGCUGGCAUUGUUCCUCAGUAUAGAUCUAUAAAUCUUAAUAGUGCUUUGUCUGUAGUCAAUAGACACUGAUCGCAAAAUGACGGGAAGGCACUCAACAAUUUUAAAAGGCUGUUCAUCAAGUGCAGUCAGUCAAAAAAUACUAGUUUUAAAAGUGGGGAAAGAGUUUGCCAACUGAUUACAAUAGGGAAUGAUGCAAUGUGUUGGGACUGUAUAACACAGCUACUGAGUAAAGCUCAAUGCUGUAGUUUCAUGUUUGCAUCUGAUCUAUUGCAUUUUAAAUUACUGAACAGCUGAAGCCGACGAAACAGAACGGUUGAUUAACUGAUGGAGGUUGUAUGUACAGAAGGUUUGCACAUAAACCUCACCACUUAAGUGACUGGUCAGUCAGUGUCCUUGUUGGAUGUGUUCUCUGGUGCAAUGUAUUUGGAGUUUUUACUGUAUUUUUGUAAAUAUAGGAGUUUUUUUUCCCCCUCAAAUUAUAAUGUUCAGAUAGGAGAAGAUUGAUAUGAAUUUUAUUAGCAAAUGAAAUAUCUUAGCAUUCGUAACUUAGAUCAUAUCAAAAAUUGCCAUAUUGCAAUGCCUGCUGAAAAUUCCAACUUGAGAGUGAUUUGGAAAUCUUGUUAUCCACUGACUAUAGCAGAAGAUGAAGAAUCCCAAAUUAGUUCUCUCCUCGCCAUCCUUCCCUUACCGAAGCCAUUCCACCCCUCCAUCCCUUCCCCCAGCUCUCCACCCUUCAACCUCCCUCCAGGGCAGAGCAGAGGGAAUGCUAUAUCUGGUGAAUGGGGGCUUAAAAUCUUAGUCGGAGAAGAUUCAUCAAAUGGUAAAUUCACUGCCUCCUUACUAUUGGAGUUCUAUUGAAUUAACUUUACUCAUUCAGGGAUAGGCUAACCAAUCUGAUUCAAUCCGAAUACCAUGUGGCAUUUGGAGAGAAUAGGGAAUUUUAAAAUUAAAAAUUGUCUUCAAGCCAGGACAGCGUUAAAAGGAAUAUUCACGGGACUGCCCAUGUGUUACUGAUGUGGAUUAAUACUGAUGGAAACAGGUUAUCCUUCCUAUGUGGGGUUAGUAAUAGCCCAUGCAUUCUGCUAUGUUAACUUUUACCAAUCUACAUCUCUCAUGCCUAAGUGUUAAAAAUAUAAGCAUUGAUACUUCAUGUAUUAAUAAAGCAGCAGUUUGAUGAAAUGUUGCACCCAUCAACUAACAUUACCUGGAAGUUAGUUACAGGUAUGAAUUUACCUGAUACAAUCCACAGCCGUACUGACCACCAGAUAUCUUCUAUUUAUUGGCACAAUCCGAGUGUUUGAACUAUUGUUGCAAUGAUCUUCCUUUAUGUAAUUUUAGAAGUAAACUUUCCACCUUAAAUUAAACAAAGUUAUUGAAUGCCUGUUGAUUUUGAAUGGGUUUGAAUGUGGUUUUGCUUAGAUGCUGAAAAUCCGUCCAGAUGAAUGGAUUCUACAUGGACUUUUAAUCACUUGGGAAAUAUUUGUCAAGGCAACGCAUACUUAUAUUUUGGAUGUGAACACGCAGCUAUCUGCCUAGAUAACAGUCACGCAUUGUAAAGCUUUCAGGUAGAUCACAGUCAGUUACUAAUUCCUCCACCCUGGUUUAAUAAUUCCUCUGCUGCAGGGCACCUGGAGUUCAAAACAAAGCAAUAAGGAUUGUGGAGAUAUUUCUGUGUCUGACAUAGAAGGAGAAACAACCAAGUUAUUCUAUUGUUCAAUGAUAUGAUGCUCAAAUUAUGCCUUUGAUCUCUUCCCAUGGAAGAUGUGUAAGCAAAUAUAAUGUGUUAUUAUUUUUAAAGUUUGGCUUUUGUUCAGAUAAAAAAACUUUACAAAAAAAACUCUGCCUUUUUUUCUUAAAUCUUUAAAGUACAUGACCUCUUCGUGCUUUGAUCUAUUUUUCUACUUUAUUUAUGAAAAAUGCCAAUGUAAAUGCUAAGAUUUGGGACUAUUUACUGUACAGAACUGUCGAUUACAAACCAAAGAUUUCUUUGUGCUUUCUGUGUUGCUGUUGCUGUGUACAAGAGGGAUAUUUGCACUUGCAUUUUAACUGUUUCUUUGCUGCUUUAGGUUGUCUUUUAUUUAUUUUGCUUUCCGUUCUUAAUAAAUGUGGCAUUAUUCUG